GCCCUCUCGGCUGCUGGGGCCGCUUCCGACGGCGCCCGCCCGCCCGCUCGAUGGAGCCCCCCCGCGGCCCGCCGUGCCCGCGCCCGCGCACCCGCCGCCUGCCGGGCCCGCGCAUCCCGGGCGCGCCCUACGCGGUGGUGGUGCUGCAGGAGGGCCACGCGGCGGAGCUGCCGGACGGCGCCACGCGGGCCGACGGGACGGUCUCGCUGGUGCUGGGCCCGCAGCCCACGCUGGUGGACACGGGCGGGCCAUGGGGCCGCGGGCGGCUGCUGGCGGGGCUGGCGCGGCAGGGCCUGGCGCCGGAGGACGUGCGGCACGUGGUGUGCACCCACGGGCACUCGGACCACGCCGGCAACCUCAACCUCUUCCCGCGCGCCGACCUGAUCGUGGGCACCGACCUCUGCACGCCUGACGGGCGCUACCUGCCCACUGGCCUGCGCCGCGGGCUGCCCUACGCGCUGCACCCGGGGCGCCUGGAGGUGCUGCCCACGCCCGGCCACACGGGCAGCGACGUCAGCCUGCUGGUGCGCGGCACCGACCUGGGCGACGUCCUGCUGGCCGGGGACCUCUUCGAGCGCGAGGGCGACGAGGGCCAGUGGCAGCCGCUGAGCGAAGACCCCGCGCGGCAGGCGGCCAGCAGGGCCCGGGCGCUGCGCAUCGCCGACGUGAUCGUGCCAGGGCACGGGCCGCCCUUCCAGGUCUUCAGGGAGGGCCCGCCGGACGCGCCCAGCAGCCUCCCUUCGGAAGAACCGAGCGGCCCCCCGGCCUCCCCGGGCGCCAGGAAGCAUUAAAAAGUGUGAUGCGGA